CAAUCAAGGUGCAUAUCCCGACACCCGGGAUAGCACAAAAGAAAUAAUGGCACAAAUAUUAUCUAUCACCUUUCAUUAGACAAAAAUAUGACCAAAAUGUUUUUAGACAAAAAAGUGACUCGACUUCACGUUUUCGUUUCUUCUUCUGCGUUUUUCUUCUGCGCUCCAAGACCGAAAAAGCUCCCACGAUUCUGUGCUCUAAGACUGAAGAAGCUCCACCAUGCUCAUCGCCGAGGACCAUCCACCAUGUUUGUGUCAUCGCGAGCAACCAUGUCCUCGGGCCGUCUCCAUCGCAGCGAGCUUCUCAGCCCUUACCAGCUUCGCCGGCAGACCUCCCCCACUGCAACGAAGAAGUCGAUCCGUCUCUCACUGCACCACUUCAUCUUUCUUCUUCGCAUCUGCUCCAUCGUUGUCGGCGACUCAUCGUCCCUAAUUACCAGGGUUUCAAAUUGCAAAAUUGAACCCCGAAAUCACCAAAAAACCAUAUAUCUGAAAUUGGGGGCAUGGUGCGAUGUUGGGGAAAAAGUGAGUUGUGAGGGAUUGAGGGUAAAGGUCUGAGGUGGCGCUGACGGCGAUCGACAAGGCAAGAGACAGGCUAGUAGGCCUAGGGACGGUGCUAGGAGAGGUGCGCGACUGGAAUGGUGGGGCAAAGGUAAAGUAGAGGUGAUG